AUGGCUAGCUCUGUUGUCUUUAAGCUGACUUGCUUGGCGCUUGUAUGCACGGUGGUAAUUGCAGCCAAGGCCCAAAGAGGGGUUCCAUGCGACGAGAUAGUGGUGAAUAGCCUGCGGCCAUGCAUGAUUGAUAUAGCCUAUGGUGAUCAGUCUGUGUUCGAUACUUGUUGCGGUGGGAUAUUGUCCCUCCGGCAGCUCGCUAAGACCAAAAUGGAAAGCAGGAGCAUUUUCACUUUUCUUAAGAAAUUUCUUCAUGGGUUUCCAUACACUGACGACCAUGUUCGUCUCGGUGCUUCACUGCCUGAGAAAUGUGGGGUCAUCCUUCCUUACGUGAUCAGUCCCACUAUGGACUGCAACAUAAUCCUACGAGGGUGA